CACUUGUUCACUCAAAAAUCCAAGUCAGAUAUGUUUUAAUUUGGUAAAAUGAUCCAUAUAAGAGUUCAUUUUUUAUAUACUAAGGGUUUCAACACAUUUUCCAUAUUUUCCAAGACUACUGUGUACAUUCAUUCAUACAAGUUGCGAGAACCUAAGAAUGAAUGACACUGGUCAUUCCAAGGCAACUCACCUUGGGCCUCUCUAGCCACAUUAUGGACUUCCUUGAAAAAAAUCAAACCUCACUUUCACUCAUGAAACAUCUAGGCUCUGAGCCACAUCUAGGCUCUGAGUAGGACUACAUUUAUGGCUCAAAUAGUAACUAAAUAUAAAUACAACACUAAGCACAGCAUUUCCCUUUAAAUCAACUGCUAUUCUUUCCAGCACCAGUUUCAUUCUCUGGCCAUAACCCUCAUUUGCAGGAUGAAAUGUGUUGCACUGCCUUUAAAAUGGUACAAAAGCUCGGCCUGUGUAGGCCUCGUGCUUUGGGUGGCCGUUUGCUGCCCCUUUUAAACGUUCGCUUAGGGGUCCCCAGUUCAGUCUGAAUGAGCUGAAUCCCACAAACAAGGGACAAAGAAUUGGGGCGACGGAUGGGUAGGGGGCGUUUCCAGGGUAACCCAUCUAAAGCCCGCUAAAGUCACAUGGUCCACAGCUAUUGUCUGCUCGACCUUGCACACUCUGUCUUAUUUUGGGAUAGCCACUGGCACCAUGAGUGCCAGCCUGAGCACUGCGAGUAUUGGCCCCUCUCUAAACGGAACGACCGGGCAGGACGCCGAGACCAGAGCUGCUAUCCAUGAAUUCAGAGUGUUCAACAUGGUUAUCCUGUCCCUGGCCGUGUGUGUCCUCACGAUCACGGCGGUCAUAUGCUGCGUGUCCUACUACAGCCGCAGGAGGUGGUGGUGUAAGCGUACAGGUGCGAAUGAGUGCACUGGGGGCGGGGACUCUGGAGCAGAGCUAGUGGAUAUGAAGGUCACAAAGAAGAGACGGAGCUUCCGGAACCCUCUGGCACUGCUCCGGAGACAGGAGUCGACCAGAGUCAACUCCCGCAUCUACUACAUUUACAGCAACCCUCUACCUGUCGGACACCCAGAGGACGAACCAUCGACACCUGAAACACCCGACACUCUCACUCCUCUCACACUGCGGGACUGUGCCAAGGACCCCGAGAGUGGUAUAGUCCUGGACCCACCCAUAUUCUACAUGCAGCUGUAGAGCCAACUGGAAUAUUCCAUCUGGAAAAGGGAUAGGGGUUCUGUUGUUUAGAUGCAAAGCACCUCAUGGAUUUGCUAAUGCUGCCUUCAUGAGUUCAGCUGGAAUUGGGACGUUUCUGACUUACGAGUCCGAUGGCUUUCAAGCUCAAAAUUCCCAGUUUUAAUUCCACGUCACUUCAACAUAAUGGCACUCGUGGCGCAAUGUAAGAACAGGAAAUAGCAAUUUUUGUUGUCAUUAUAUAAAGACAUUUUGUUUCCUGUAAGUGCAAUUCUUCACAUGCUUUGAGAUCCAUAAAUACUUGAGACAACUUGGAUCACCGGAAAAUUGGCAAGACUUCGGAUCAAGCUGUGCACUUUUGCUUCAUUUUGGUGCAACUAAUAUUGAAUUAGUGUAAGAGAUGUACUUUUUUUAAAAUAAGCUUUUUACAGUCACACAAAAUCUGUUACCUUACAGUGAGUAUCCUGUUUUUUCCCUGACCUCAAACAGUGAAGUCAUGUGAACGUUGAUGUGGGAAGUCAUAAAAAUAGGAGUUCUCAGUUGCCAUGAAUGCAGCAUAACAGCAAAACCCACAUUGAGCAAUCUGAAGAUUCUCCACAAGGGGGAGCUAUUCAUCUUAUUCACAGGGGAGCCAAGUCAAACACACGGUGGGAACACAGUAAUUAGUCAGCUGAGCUGGAAGUUACAGCCACAAUUUAAAAAGGCAAGGCCUGGUGCAGUUAAAACACUGUAGCUGGACUAAUUUAGCUAGGUUAGCUAGCAAUGAGGGUAAGGCAGUUAGUUAGUAUUAAGGUUAGAGCGUGAAAGCUAACUCGGCAUCCUAGCUUGCCAACCCAACUGAGCGGUAUUUGUCACUUUUUGGAACUUGUCAUUCGUUGAAUUUUUGCUCCACUUUAGCAUUUCUGCUGAUUCAAUACCUUUUCCUACUCUGUUUAUGGGAAAAUUGGCAAAUUGACCCCCAUGUGAAUAAGGUUAACAUUUAAUUCAAUUACUGAAAGGGAGAAAAGCAGCACAAGCGCACAUCAGCAGGGUAUCUUGAAUGCAUGUACACUAUAUGGCCAAAAGUAUGUGGAAACCCUCCUAAUUAUCGAGCUCAGGUGUUCGUCAUACCCAUUGCUAAUUGCUAAAUGUAUAAAACCAUGCAAUCUAGUAACAGAAUGGGAGGCACUCGUGAGGAUGCCACCCUUGCCACAAAAAUUUCUGCUCUGCUAGAUCUGCCCUGGUCAACCGUAAGUGCUAUUAUUGUAAAAUGAACACAUCUAGGAGCAACAGACCAAGCAAACUCAAUGCCAAAUCGGCUAUAUUCUCUUGCAUAAGUCACUACACAGUUUCUAACUGCCCCUGAAAGCAACAUCAGCACAAGAAAUGUGUGCAAAGCUUCACAAAACGGGUUUCCAUAGCCGAGCCCAAGAUCACUAUGUGCAAUGCCAAGCGUCGAGUGGUGUAAAGUGGAGUGGAAAAAUCUGAAGUGAUACAGUCUGGCAGUCUGAUGCACAAAUCUUGGUUUCGGGGAUGCCAGGAGAACACUACCUACCCAGAAUGCAUAGUGCCAACAGUAAAGUUUGGUGGAGGAGGGAUAAUGAGCUGCAGCUGUUUUUCAUGGUUUGGGCCCUUUUGUUCUGGAGAUGUCAAUGCUACAGCAUUCAAAAACAUUUUAGACAGUUAUAUGUUUCAAAUUUUGUGGCAACAGUUUGGGGAAGCCCCUUUCCUGUUCCAGCAUGACCCUGUGCACAGUGCAAGGUAUAUAAAGCCCAGGUUUGACAAGUGUAAUAUGGAGGAACUCCAGAGGAGUUGAUGCACAGAUCCCUGACCUCAACUGCUCUGAACACCUUUGGGAUGAAUAGAACAUACAUUCUGAAUCAGGCCUACUUGUCCAACAUCAGUGCCUGACCUCACAGAAUGGGCACUCUAAAAUCUUGUGGAAAGCUUUGCAUAAGAGUGGAGGCUGUUAUAGUCGCAAAGAGGAACUCCAUAUUAAUGCCAAUGCUUUUAGAAUGGAAUGUCCAAUAUGCUUAUAUAGCAGUCAUAGGCUGGAGGUUACGGAACCAGCCUCGUGACCGGAAGGUCGCCGGUUCAAUCCCCAGUUCAAUCCACAGCACAUGACUGAGGUGUCCUUGAGCAAGACACCUAACCCCCAGCUGCUCCC